UGAGCGGCGCCCCCUCACCCGCAGCCUCAGCAUCAGCCGCAGCCUCAGCAUCACCCGCAGCCUCAGCAUCCGCACCGCACCGCAGCCGGACAUGCCCUGAGCUCCGGGCUCCCGCACCCCACUCACUCACUCACUCACCCUCAGCACCCAGGACAGCAGCUCCCCCGCAGUAACGACGACAGACUGGCCAGCCUCGCUUUGAGGUCAUCGCGGAAGCAAGAUGGCCGGCUCCUCAGUGAAGGUAGCGGUGAGAGUCCGGCCUUUCAACUCCAGGGAAAUCAGCCGAGACAGCAAAUGUAUUAUUCAGAUGUCAGGAAACACAACGACCAUUGUAAACCCAAAGCAGCCCAAGGAAGCACUCAAGAGCUUCAACUUUGACUAUUCAUACUGGUCGCACACCACGCCUGCCGACAUCAACUAUGCCUCUCAGCAGCAGGUGUACCGGGACAUCGGGGAAGAGAUGCUGCAACAUGCCUUUGAGGGCUACAACGUUUGCAUCUUUGCCUACGGGCAGACUGGAGCCGGCAAAUCCUACACUAUGAUGGGCAAGCAAGAGAAGGAGCAACAGGGCAUUAUCCCACAGCUGUGUGAGGAUCUCUUUGCCAGAAUUAAUGACCGCUCCAAUGCCAAUCUCUCCUUCUCUGUGGAGGUGAGCUACAUGGAAAUUUACUGUGAGCGUGUGCGAGACUUACUGAACCCCAAGACCAAAGGAAACCUUCGGGUGCGUGAGCACCCCAUCCUCGGACCUUAUGUGGAAGAUCUCUCUAAGCUUGCUGUCACCUCGUUCAAUGAUAUCUCAGAUCUUAUGGAUUCAGGAAACAAAGCCAGAACUGUGGCUGCCACCAACAUGAACGAGACAAGCAGCAGAUCCCAUGCAGUGUUCAACAUCAUUUUCACACAAAAAACAGACGACUCUAAUGCAGACACUUCCACUGAAAAGGUCAGUAAAAUCAGUUUGGUUGAUCUGGCUGGAAGUGAGCGAGCUGAUUCUACAGGAGCCAAAGGCACGCGAUUAAAGGAAGGUGCAAAUAUCAAUAAAUCUCUGACAACCUUGGGCAAAGUCAUCUCGGCCCUGGCAGAUGUGGAUUCUGGAUCAAACAAGAACAAGAAAAAGAAGAAGUCGGAUUUCAUUCCUUACAGAGACUCUGUGCUAACAUGGCUGCUCCGAGAAAACCUGGGAGGGAAUUCCAGGACAGCCAUGGUGGCAGCUCUCAGCCCAGCAGAUAUCAACUAUGAUGAAACACUCAGCACCCUCAGAUAUGCUGAUCGAGCUAAACAGAUCCGGUGUAAUGCAGUUAUUAACGAGGAUCCUAAUAACAAGCUGAUUCGGGAGCUUAAGGACGAGGUGUCAAGACUGCGGGAUUUGUUGUGCGCACAGGGACUGGGAGACAUCAUUGACCUGUCCAAUGUGGUGGCUGGAGUGAGCCCUUCACCAUCCCUAUCCGCGCUGUCCAGCCGUGCAGGGUCUGUGUCCAGUUUGCACGAUCGCCUCAUGAUCGCCCCUGGCAGUGAGGAAGCCAUCGAACGCCUCAAGGAGACAGAGAAGAUAAUUGCUGAGCUGAAUGAAACAUGGGAGGAGAAAUUGCGCAGGACAGAAGCUAUUAGGAUGGAGAGAGAGGCUCUCCUUGCUGAAAUGGGCGUUGCCAUGCGUGAGGAUGGUGGUACACUGGGGGUGUUCUCACCCAAAAAGACUCCUCAUCUAGUCAAUUUGAAUGAGGACCCACUGAUGUCUGAAUGCCUGUUGUACUACAUCAAGGAUGGAUUCACCAGGGUUGGACGGGAAGAUGCAGAACGGCGACAGGACAUUGUUUUGAGUGGACAUUUUAUCAAAGAAGAGCACUGUAUCUUCCGCAGCAAUGCCAUAUCCUGUUUAGAAGUGGUUGUAAUCCUUGAACCAUGUGAAGAAGCAGACACAUAUGUUAAUGGAAAGAAGGUGUCUGAACCAACAAUACUACGAUCAGGAAAUCGAAUCAUAAUGGGGAAGAGCCAUGUCUUCCGUUUUAACCAUCCUGAACAGGCUCGUCAGGAGCGUGAUAAGACCCCCUGCGCAGAGACCCCAAUAGAGCCAGUAGACUGGGCCUUUGCUCAACGAGAAUUGCUGGAGAAGCAGGGCAUCGAUAUGAAAGUUGAGAUGGAACAGAGGCUUCAGGAGUUAGAAACUCAAUAUCGGAAGGAGAAGGAAGAAGCUGAUUUAAUGUUGGAACAGCAAAGACUGGACUAUGAAAGCAGGCUGGAAGCUCUGCAAAAGCAGAUGGAGUUACGCUUGCAUCCUUACAAUGUAGAUGAAGACGAGGAACCAGAAGAAGAAGUGCAAUGGACGGAAAGAGAGUUUGAAUUGGCGCUGUGGGCAUUCCGCAAAUGGAAGUGGUACCAGUUUACCUCACUGAGAGACCUGCUCUGGGGUAAUGCCAUCUUCUUGAAAGAGGCCAAUGCAAUCAGUGUGGAACUGAAGAAGAAGGUGCAGUUCCAGUUUGUACUGUUGACGGACACAUUGUACUCCCCUCUUCCUCCUGACCUCAUGCCCCCCGACGCUGUGAAGGACAGGGAGAAGCGACCAUUCCCACGAACCAUUGUGGCUGUAGAAGUUCAAGAUCAGAAAAAUGGAGCAACACAUUAUUGGACCCUGGAAAAGCUCAGGCAGAGACUGUACCUGAUGCGAGAGAUGUACGACCGAGCUGCUGAAGUCCCCUCCAGUGUCGUUGACGACUGUGACAAUGUAAUGACAGGCGGGGAUCCCUUUUACGAUCGCUUCCCAUGGUUCCGGUUAGUUGGAAGUACUCCCAUUUUCAACACUUGCAUGUCUGAGCGCAUGGCUGAUCUCACCCCCUCCCCCACCUUCUCGAACCCUGACUCCGACAUCACUGAGCUCGCAGACGAGCAGCAUGAUGGGGAGGAAGAGGAGGUGGAGGAUGAGGAGGAGGAGGAGGAGGAGCUGGACGAUGAAAUCUUUCUGGAUGAUCCCUUUUCUGACCUGGGGGGAGACGAAGGGUACUACAUCCACCAUGAUGGCCAGGACCCGUUUUACGACCGCUCACCCUGGUUCAGUUUAGUGGGAAGAGCAUUUGUUUAUCUCAGUAACCUGCUCUACCCAGUGCCACUGGUGCAUCGUGUGGCCAUAGUCAGUGAAAAAGGCGAGGUGAAAGGAUUUCUACGUGUGGCUGUUCAGGCCAUUUCUGCUGAUGAGGAGGCACCAGAUUAUGGCUCUGGAGUCCGUCAGUCAGGAACAGCCAAGAUCUCGUUUGAUGACCAGCACUUUGAAAAGUUUCAGUCGGAUUGCUGCCCUGCCGUUAUGUCUCGCUCCGGAACAUCACAGGAAGAGCUACGUUUUGUUGAAGGACAAGGUCAGUCAAGCGAUUCUGGCCCCUCAGCGGAUGAAGUGAAUAACAACACAUGUAUAGCUACCCAGGAGGAGCUCGAGAGCCCUAUCAAGUCACCGGGAGAAUUGCAGAUGGAUGGAAUUGUAGAACACCUCAGGAUCGGCAGUCAUUUCACCUUCAGAGUCACAGUUCUGCAAGCGUCCAGUAUCUCAGCUGAAUAUGCUGAUAUUUUCUGUCAGUUCAACUUCAUUCAUCGCCAGGAAGAAGCCUUUUCAACAGAGCCACUGAAAAAUACUGGCCGGGGUCCCCCACUUGGCUUCUACCACGUGCAGAACGUUGCCGUGGAGGUGACAAAAUCCUUUAUUGAGUACAUCAAGACCCAACCGAUUGUCUUUGAGGUGUUUGGACACUAUCAGCAACACCCAUUUCCACCACUCUGCAAAGAUCUCUUUAGCUCUCUCAGACCGUCCCGCAGACAAUUUCCCCGAGUCAUGCCUCUGUCUAAACCAGUCCCAGCUACAAAGUUGAAUACCAUGAGACGACCUACUGUAGGACAAUGCCAGUGCAAAUAUGACCUGCUAGUCUUCUUCGAGAUCUGUGAACUUGAAGCUACUGGAGAGUACAUUCCUUCUGUUGUUGACCACAGAAGUGGUAUGCCAUGUCAUGGGAUAUUCCUAUUACACCAGGGGAUCCAGAGGCGGAUUACUGUUACUAUAGUACAUGAGACAGGAAGUGACAUACAUUGGAAGGAAGUACGAGAAUUAGUUGUUGGUCGGAUCCGGAACACACCAGAAUCGGAUGAUUCCAUCAUCGAUCCCAACAUCCUGUCCUUGAAUAUUCUAACUGCUGGCUACAUGUAUCCAUCCCAGGAGGAUCGGCAAUUUCUUGAUUCGGAUAUGCCUAGGACCUUUUACCGAUUUGAGGCCAGCUGGGACAGCUCCAUGCACAACUCUCUGCUGCUGAACAGAGUGACACCGUACGGAGAAAAGAUCUACAUGACAUUGUCUGCAUACCUGGAGAUGGAGAAUUGCUCACAGCCUGCGGUCGUCACCAAAGACUUCUGCAUGGUGUUCUACACACGAGACGCCAGGCUUCCGGCCUCCCGCUCCAUUCGCAACCUCUUUGGCAGUGGAAGCUUGAAAGCAUCAGAAAGUAACCGAGUGACGGGUGUAUACGAGCUGAGCCUCUGCCGAGUAGCGGAUGCUGGAAGCCCAGGCAUGCAGCGAAGACGCAGGAGGAUCCUGGACACCUCUGUUGCGUACGUCCGUGGAGAGGAGAAUCUGGCCGGCUGGCGACCUCGUAGUGACAGUCUCAUUCUUGAUCACCAGUGGGAGCUGGAGAAACUUAGUCUGUUGCAAGAGGUAGAGAAGACCAGACAUUACCUGCUGCUGCGCGAGAAGCUAGAGACCACCCAGAAGUCAGGAUUUGAUUCAGUUUCCUCAUACAACAGCGAGGACUUCAGUGAAUCCCAGAGCAUCGGUUCAACCAACAGCCUUCACUCAAUAGGAAGUGACACACAGAUUCCAACCUCCAAUACCACCACCACCACCACCGAACGCCAAAAAGAGUUGGCAGCCAAGUGCCUCCGACUUCUGUCUCACACAUUCAACAGGGAAUACAGCCACGUCUGCAUCAGUGCCAGCGAGAGCAAGUUAUCUGAGAUGUCCGUCACCCUAACAAGAGAUACGUCAUUCUCUGCACUGAGCAACACCACACUGCCCCCUUCCUCCACCUGCCCCUCCCUAAUGGAAGGCCAGUACAUCGCCACAGAGCUGAGGACUCCAGAGGCCCAGUCUAGAGUUGUGACUCCAGAUUCCGACUUAAUGCAGGACGGAGAACUGAAGAAAUCUCCAGUACAGGCAAAGCCCGAGAAGGGAAUCACUAGAGCAUUUGUAGCUGACAUCCAGGAGAUCAGAGUGAGUGCAAUUGUUUCAAAAAAGGGAUACCUGCACUUUCUGGAGCCCCAGACGAGUGGCUGGGUCAAACGCUUUGUGGCUGUACGACGCCCUUAUGUUUACAUAUACAACACUGACAAGGACACAGUGGAACGAGCGAUCCUUAACCUGUCAUCCGCACAGGUGGAAUACAGUGAGGACCAGCAGGCCAUGCUGAAGACUCCAAAUACGUUUGCCGUAUGCACAGAGCAUCGCGGGAUCCUCCUGCAGGCCUCCAAUGAUAAGGAAAUGCAGGACUGGCUGUAUGCAUUCAACCCCCUCCUCGCUGGCUCAAUCAGAUCAAAGCUGUCCAGGAGGAGGAAUACCCAGAUAAAGAUCUGAGGGGGAGCCUGAGAUUGCCUCGAAUUCUAACUCUGCUCUUAACCUGGUGACAUUAAACAGGACUCGUGUACAUACUCAACCUUUCAAGCAUUUGACGUGAAAACCCAUCUAACAUGCCUGCUCUACGUGUAGUAAUUUAUUGAGGAACAAAAAAAAAUUAUAGUUGUGUGAAAGCAAGCCGUGUCGCCUUGCGCUGGAAGCGCCGUGUUACAUGUGCGUGUGAUGCUCCGUAUGUCUUCAACAAACAGUUAGGUAUCAGUAAUGACAGAGUUCUGUAGUGUGGACACUUGACACUGUUUCUGCUCUUGCAUUAGUGGCGAGGGGUCAGGAGGAUGACGGACGGCGGGGAUGGGGGCGGUGAGGAGGCAAGGUGGAUUGAAAGGCCUGGCCGCUCCAAACAGUAAUGCUCCCAACAGGAAGAGGCUGAAUGCGAUUUGGUUGUGUGACUGAGACAAAAGCAGUCCCUGAUUUGGUUUUCUCAAGCCUUUGGGAUUUGUAGGCAUUCCGGGAAUGGAAGUAAGGUAGAUGGAUAGAGUCUAGUGUAAAAUGAGACAAGCUUUCGCACGAUUUGACAGGUUACCACUGGACUUGUCUUUUUGAGUUAGACUGGUACUGUUAUCAACGAUGGCCCCGAUCAAGCACCCCCCCCAUCUCCCCCACCCCCGAUUCCUUGCCACAUUCUGCACCAUUCAAUGCAGGCGGUUUCCUCCCACCUCCCCAAAGUGGUCUGAAUGGUUUCAGUUUGUGUCCCGGAACAGCUUAUCGCUCUGUAUUUUGGAGAAGAGUGAAAGAGUAAAGGAGAAGUCAAAACACUGGAAAGGUAGAAGAGAGGAGUGGGGAAGAAAGAAAUAUAAAGCGAUGUUGGACAAAUUGAUGAAUGUUAUAUAUAUAUUUAUUCGAUGUUCAGCUAAUAAACACUAACUGCAUAAUUUUUUUUAGUAAGAAUUGUCCCUCUGAUUAAAGAAGGUUGGACAAUAUUAUUCCC